GCUGCUGCACACCCGCACACACACACACACAUACACGUACAAUACAGGUUGUUGUUUUUUUUUCUGUCGGACACACACACCGAGCUCGGCGCGUGAGGUGCCGGAGAGAGAGAGAGAGGCAAGGGCUGGACGAGAAUAAGUGAUGCGCGCAUCGGCGCUGAUCAGGCUCGAAAGUCCGUGUAGUACGUGGACACUGUAUCGAUAGGUGCACCGUGAGUGUGUAUAUAUAACGGCGCGCGUUACGAUCGACCAUACCGCUACAUACUGUGUUCGUAGUUGGACUAUCGGAUACUUUUUUCUACCCCCUGCUUUUUUGUUUCUUUCAUUUCGACGCUUUACGUUUUUGAGCUCGCGCGCGCCUGCGACUACCUAUACUACUGGUGCCGUUUUCUUUUCUCUCUACGUCCUCGUUUUUUUUUUUUAUUUUUCAUCGUACAAUCGUAGCGAGACAGUUUCGUAGAUUGCACGACGACGACAGGGAGACACGAAAAUUUUCUCUCUCUCGACUGUUCUCGAGACUUUUAAAUGCAAACGGGUGAAAUGGUCGGGAGUAAAUGCCGUUUACCGCUAAUAAAGUGACAAAGAAAAUACACAACGGACCUUCGAGUAAUUCCGAUGUGGUGCGCGUCUGACAUCGACGCAAUAAUGUAAGCGAUAGUUAUUGUCGUUGUUGAAGAAGAAGAAAAAGAAGAAGAAGAAGAAGAAGAGGACGAAAAAAGAAACGAACAUCAUUCCGAAAAUGGAGGCAGAGGACAACGAAACGCAAUUUCCUGCGCACAUUACCGUAACGACUUAUUCGGAUUGGCCGUACUCGUCUUACGGCAAGGAGGACGGCGAGUGGGUCGGGCGCGGCUACGCGUUCGAGCUGCUCAAGCUCCUGCAGGAGAAGCUGAAUUUCACUUACACGAUCGUGCCCCCCAAGAUCGACGUGAUCGGCGAUGACAAUCGUGGAAUGCUCCAGCAGCUUUUUCGCAAGGAGGUCGACGUGGCCGUCGCCUUCAUUCCGGCCCUGAGCGAGUUCCGAAGCUGGUGCAAUUUUUCCGUGCCGCUCGAGGAGAUGGACACGACGUUCUUACUGAAGAGGCCGCAAACCUCAUCCACGGGAUCGGACCUCUUGGCGCCCUUUAGCAACAAAGUCUGGAUCUUGAUUCUGCUCUCGGUCCUUCUCGUUGGACCGACCACUUACAUCAUGAUCUUGCUCAGAAUGCAAUUCGCCACCGAUGACCGAGCGAAAAAAUUCACCUUGUUCAACUGUCUGUGGUUCGUUUACGGAGCUCUGUUGAAGCAGGGAACGACUACGGCUCCGAUCGGGGAUUCUACGCGGAUAAUAUUUGCUACGUGGUGGAUCUUUAUAACGAUUUUAACGUCGUUUUAUACGGCCAAUUUAACGGCUUUUCUGACCUUAUCAAAGUUUACGCUAGAUAUAAAUUCAAUAGACGAUCUCAUACGCUACGGACACUCCUGGUUCGUUAUUGAAGGAAAAUCCGUACAGACCUUGAUGAAAUACGACUACGGAGACGCAAAAAUUCUCAGACAAUACUCGAACAAAUAUGGAUUUCGAUCCUACGAUUACAACAUGUCCUAUCAGUCUACCUUAGCCCUGACAAAACUUGGAAAAGUUUUUAUAACGGAUCGGCCCUUCGCUCAGCUCGCAAUUUUCGAAGAUUAUCGGAGUAAAACAUUUGCCGGCGUAAAAGAGGAGAAUAAAUGUACCUACGUAAUCAGCGAGGCUAAUGUCCUACCGAAAAGUCGAAGUUUUGCAUUUCCAGCCGACUCGCCCAUCAAAAAACAUUUCGAUUACGAGCUUACUAACGCAGUCGAAGGGGGAUUGAUCAAGCACUUGAUAUCGGAAAAACUACCUCUGGCGAAGUACUGCCCGCUGACUUUGGACUCGAAGGAGCGACGGCUCAAGGUAUCCGACUUAUGGCUGACUUACCGUGUGGUAUUUUGCGGCAUGGGCGUCGCCGGGAUCGUCUUCUUUCUCGAAUUGUUAACUCGAAUAAUGCGAAAAAUCGUGAAGUAUCACGAAAAUCGACGGAAAGUCAGACAGAGCGCUGCAGCGAGCACCAAUCGAUCGAAGGCGUCCUGGGACGGUGGCGGCAUCGUCAACAACAACAACAACAACAACAUUACGCAGAGCAUCGAGAAGAGCGUGUGGAUGCGCACACCCCCGCCUCUGUACCAGCAGCAUCUGUCGGUCGAUUACCCCAAAUCUCCGAUGAAGACGUACACCAUUAAUGGCCGCGACUACUACGUGAUGAAAAACGACCAUGGCGAUCGAAGAUUGGUACCGACGGGUCGUACGCCCUCGGCUUAUCUCUUUCAGUACAUGCACUGAACACAUCUGUGUUCUCCCAAGAUUUUCUUUUUUUCUAAAAUGUCUCUCUACCCUUUAAUUUUGUACAUUUUGACGUGAUUAAUGAUGUUCGUUUGAUCGCUGCUUGAUCACAGGUAGAAUUUUACUCCAUAAAUUCUAAUUGGGAUAUCGUGCUAAAGUUGUUAAAAUUUUCGUGUAAUCAGUUUUAAUUCUUA